AUGCUCACUCUGAGCCAGCUGGAAUAUCCAGCAGCCAAAGAGGAUGCAGAUACCGCCGUCAUAGUGGCUCCGCGGAAGCCCAGGAAUCUCCCCUGGCCAUCGGGAGCCAGCACCUCAAGUACCCUGCGCUUCCCUGGGACCUUCGUCGUAUGGCGGUCUACCGAGGAGACGCCGAGAGUAUCAAGGAACGGCCCAUCGUAUGCAAAAAUUCCCCAGAAACAGAAGGCUCAUCGUUCGGGACAGAGAGCAAGCGUGAAACCAAAUCGUAUGGAUGUUUGGAUACGCGAUGGUCUACUGGACUUGACGCCUGCGCGUUCUGACAUGCUCGGCGUAUCCCCUCUUCGCCAAUGGUUGUGGACUAAGAGUAGUCUGAUGCAGUUGGGACCCAUGAUAGAGAUGGUAGGAGAUGGUGGGUCGCUGUUUCUGAUAGGCCACAACCGACUACCCCACCCACUCGCGCGUAUUGCGGGCGGGCGAGUCGUCUAG